AUGGGCAGUGCCACCAGUGUCCUCUCCCUCCUGUGUGGGGCCUUUGCCAUGGCCUGCACCCUAGCAUCACUCUGCAUGGACUGCUGGCAGGACACAGACAGUUCUGGUGCCACUGUCCUGCACCUCGCAGCCCGCUUUGGUCACCACGAAGUAAUAGACUGGCUGCUGCGCUUUGGAGGCAGCGACACCCUGGCAGCCACAGACACAGGAGCCUUGCCUGUUCACUAUGCUGCAGCCAAAGGAGACUUCCCUUCACUGCGACUUCUCUUGGGACACUCUCCAAGCACGGUUAGUGCACAGACCAAGAAUGGUGCCACACCCCUCUACCUAGCCUGCCAGGAAGGCCACCUGGAGACUGUCCAGUACUUGGUGAAGGACUGUGCGGCUGAUCCCCACACACGCGCCAAUGAUGGGAUGACCCCCCUGCAUGCUGCCGCCCAGAUGGGCCACAACACGGUCAUCGUCUGGCUGAUGAGCUUCACGGACAUCAGCCUCUCGGAGCAGGAUGACGAUGGUGCCACUGCCAUGCACUUCGCGGCCAGCCGUGGCCAUGCCAAAGUGCUGAGCUGGCUCCUACUGCAUGGGGGCGAGAUCUGCACCGACACCUGGGGUGGCACGCCCUUGCAUGAUGCAGCUGAGAAUGGGGAGCUGGAGUGCUGCCAGAUCCUCGUUGUGAAUGGCGUUAACCUGGGGGUGCGGGACCAUGAUGGCUAUACAGCUGCCGAUCUCGCUGACUACAAUGGGCACAACCACUGUGCCAAGUACCUCCGCACUGUUGAGAACAUGAGCAUGGAGCACCGUGUCCUGUCCCGUGACCCCUCUGCUGAUCUGGAGCUCAAGCAGCCUGACUCAGGCAUGUCAUCGCCCAACACCACUAUGUCGGCUCAGCAGGCUCACUUUGACAUCGGGUCACCCACCAGCACCUUGUCCAACUAUGACUCCUGCAACUCCAGCCAGUCCAGCACAGGCGAGAAGCGUGGCUGCCAGCAUGCCAGCCAAGGCGCCAGGAUUGCCACGACAACCAUCACAGACAUGCAGGCGUACAUGGACAUGCUCAACCCUGAGAUCCGGCCGGGUGCAGACAAGAAGUUGAGCGAGGCAUCCCCACCCCCUCCCCCUCCUAGCUACCCCGCGCCGAGCCCCCCUGAGGCCCAGCACACGGCAGAGAUCUACGUGCAGAUGAAGAACAACCUGCGCCACGUGGAGAGUGAGGUGCUGAAGAAAGAGCUGACCUCCCGAGACAACAGCCCCGAAGGCCUGAGGCGAGUCGACUCCAGCAGGAGGUCAAGGAACUUCAGCAAGCAGCCCAGCACAGGAGACUACUACAAGCACCUGGGCAGCAGUGCGGGGGAGCCCCCCAGCACCCAGGCCAUGGCGCACAGUGAAGAGGCCUCUCUGCUCUCCAACAACAACAUGCACAAUGGGAGCUCGGUGGAGAACAAGUCUGUGGGGGAGCUGCCUACCCCACCCCCACCCCCGCCGCUGCCAACGGAGACUCAGGUGCCUGCUGCCAGCCAGCGCCGUGCGUCCUCCUCCACGGGAAGUACCAAGUCGUUCAACAUGAUGUCCCCCACUGGUGACAACUCUGAGCUCCUGGCUGAGAUCAAGGCAGGGAAGAGCCUCAAACCAACCCCACAGAGCAAAGGCUUCACCACAGUCUUCUCAGGCAGUGGCCAAGUGGGGGCCAAUAUGGAGAUGCCAGCCUCCUCCCCAUCUCCUGCUCAGACGCCAACCCCGCCAGCCACCCCAGAUACCACUGUCGGCUCCGCAACCACUGGAUCCCCCGAGCCAGUUGUCAAUGGCACCAUGGCACUCCCUGCCUCAGUUCAGAGCAACCAGGUGGACGUAGAGGCCCUGAUCCCAACACAUGAUGAGCAGGGCCGGCCCAUCCCCGAGUGGAAGCGGCAGGUGAUGGUGCGCAAGCUGCAGAUGAAGAUUCAGGAGGAGGAGGAGCAGAAGCGGAAGCUGGAGACCGGGAAUUACUAUCCGCAGGAGUGCUGGAGAUACUCCCAUGCCCAUAAUGGGAUUCUGGGACCCUUUGGGCAGCUCAUGACGGAGGAGGACAUCCUACGUAUUGAACGGCAGAUUGAGAAUCUCCAGGUGAUGCACAAGGUUCAGAAGGUGGAGAGCGAGCUGGAACAGCUGGAGCACGAGCUGCAGCAGUUGCUGCCUGUCUCAGCUGCCCUGGUGAAGGAGCACUUCACAGUGAACCCCAAGCGCAUGCAGGGCCAUGCCGAUGACCUCCCGGCCUGGUGUAGCAAGAUCUCAACCCUGCUGAAGAGUAUGGCCAUCCUGCUGGCGACACUUGGGGGCAAGGAGGUCCAGUUGGGUGACCUUUUGACUCCUGACCUGCCAGAGCCAGCACCCUGUGCUGCCAGUGUCUCACCCGAGGGGGCACCAACAAACAUUGGGCGGUCACAGUCCUUCAGCUCAACCCGGGAGGAGGUAGAGAGGGAGAUCCUGCAGUGCGGCGUGUCAGUCAAGAACCUUAAGGCCAACUACGAGCUGUACACACAGUCCCUGGCACCCGACGACAUGUGCAGCAGUGGCAGCAGGGUGUACAAAAGGAAACGGUCCCUACCUGUGGGCACUGUGCCUUAUGGCUACAACCGCGAACCCAUUCUGGAGGAAGACUAUGUUACCAGCAGUGACCCCUUUGCCACUGUGAGUGAGGAGGUGGCCACCAAUGGCACAGAGCCAGCCCUGGGACUGGCCUAUGCUGAGGCAGAGCCCCCACUCCCCCAAGAGGUGGAGACACAAAAGGUGGCAACAGAUCCCUUUGCAGAGGCUUUGUUUAGUCCUGACCACCUGACACGGAGCCUGCCAGUGCAGACGGAGCUGAGCUGCGUGCAGGACUACAUUGACAUGCGCAAGGAGCGUAUUGUCUACCUCUUUCUGGAGCACUGGAGGAAGUGGACCUUCACCGAAUCAGUACGGCAGGCCCGCCCCAUACGGCAGGCAGCAGGGAAGCCACCCAGCGAGGAUGACCGGCUCCUGUACUUCAUGAAACAGCGACAGGUGGUGGGGAACCUGCUCUCACAGUGGCGGGACAUCAUCAGCCAGGUGCCCACACGGCAGAUCCGGCGCCUGAGCCGCACCAACAUGCUGUACUGGCCAGAGCACUUCCUGCCGCACGUAGGGGGUGCACCCGUGCAUUAUGACAGCCUCUCGCUGGACCUCUUCAUGCUGGGCUACUUCCAGCUCCUCGAGAUGAACCUGACACGGGAGGAGCGCAAGUUCCGGCACCUGCUUUGCUAUGAGAUGUUCGACCGGCUGGGCAGUCACAACUGGGAGCUCAUCCGCAGCUUCCACAAGGCUGUGCUCGAGGAGAUAGAGGCUGGCCGGCGUGACUGGCUUGAUGGCUUUGAGGACCUCAAACAGGAGUUCUUUGGGGAUAGCCUGGGACUCAGGGGCACAGCUACUGCCCUGUCACAGUCACCAGCUGCAGCUCCGCCAGCCCCGCCAGCCCCGCCAGCCCCACCACCCCAUCAGGAAUCUGCUAGGGUCCUGGCCAGUGACACCCCACAGCCAGCCCCAAUCCCUAUGGACCCAGGCCGAGCCCCACUACCCAAAACCCGGAAGAACUCCGUCCAACUGGUGUCUGAGCUGGGGGAGUUUAGCAGCGAUGACAUCUGUCGUUACAUAGACCGUAGCUUCUCAUUCUGGAAAGAUAAGGAGGCAGAGAUGUUUGACAUCUGAAUGCUCUUGCGGGCCCCUAUGCAUGCUGCAAGAGGCGCGCUCACCCCCAGCCCCAGCAACUAGUGGGCCCCAAGCACUGGCCAUAGCCACUCCUCCACCACAGCCCCUGUGGAAGGGACACGCUGCCCAUCAGCAUGGAGGGCAGCACUGUUGGAGAAGCAGGGGACAACCCUGCAUAUAGGCAAGAGGGUCUGGGCUCUGUCAACUCUCUGAGAUGACCUCUGCAGGCGGUGCAGAGAAACCAUGACAUGUGUCAUGUCUGGGGUAAGAGCUGUAGAACAGAGACCUGCGAGGGCUCCAGUCCCCAGUUGCACCUCACUGGGAAGGUGUUGGCCAUGCAGACAGGGGGCUCUGAGCAGAAGCAAGUCAGCACAGUACCAGAGGGACUCCUGUCCUCGUCUUCGUCAUGCAGGAGCCUCAGACACUCAACAACUCCACUAAAGGCUGCAACCAUUUUGCCUGGGUGAGAACUGCAGCCACCAUCCCAGAGUCCUUGUGAGGCUGGAAUCACACUGUUCCUCUGUCUAGACAACAGCCCCUCAAGGCACUGAUGGGCACAGCUGUCUGAGGAUUGUUGAGCAUGCACCAGGCUCCAGGGGCAUUCAGAUAUCAGCCUGCCUUCUCCUUUCCCGCACAAGCUGCGGAAGGCUGUGAUCCCCUAUGACUGUGGGAACCCCAUUGUGUUUCCAGCAUGCUCCAUCCUGCAGAUGCCACUGGGCUUCUGCUGCUGGGGAGGAGGUGCUGUGGAACCACGCAGCGCAGCAAGCAUCUCCCAGCCAUCCGCAGCCAGUGCAAGAGCACAUCAUAACCACGGCCUCAUUAACCCAGUUUCCAGACCCAGCACAGGCUUGAUUUUACUACUUGGUCUCCAGGCACUGGGUUCUGGUUCCAGUAGGCUACUCCAGACCUUCUCUUCCAGCCCUGUGGAAAAUUCCCUUUUGCAUUGUGUACUUCCCCACCACAGACCUGCUUGAACCUUUAACGAUUGCAAAGUGUGUUGCGUGCUCUACCCGUACCUGUAGCAGAGACACAAGUCUGGCUCCUUGUACAUAGGUUUGGGAAUGAGGUGUGCUGUGCAGCAGGCUGUGUGUGCAUGUGUCUUGCAACUUCUGUAAGGAUUAGUGCUACUGUUAAAUAAUAAAGCGCUCUGCUCUGGGAAGGGAGCACAUGUCUUUUGCUUUGGAGGGAUGGGUCAGGGGGUUCAGUUUUACAGAAACCAUACUGGGGGACACAGGGUGCAGUCACUGGGUUGUCUGUGGCUGCUGGGCAGGGGCAGGGGGCACUGCAUACCCAAGCAAAAGGACAAGUCACUUUGUGAUCAGCAGGACCUGAUACUGUAGCUACAGCAGCAAAGGGAAAACUGGUCAAGACCUGCUGCCAAGCCAGCACUUCGGUGCAGGGUCAGCAUGCUGCCUGCCACAGUGCACAGUCCCAACCACACAGCCUGGUUACUGCAGCAAGAAAACAGUAAUCUAGAGAUGAGAGGGAGGGAGUCACUGCUAUAUACAGAGUCUCCCUGCAGGCAUCUCUCUGCCCUGGCAGUCCUGAGCAUUCACAGGGGCAUGGGCUCCCUAAGGGCCAGUGCCCUUGUGCUGUCCUGCAAGAGCCUGGUGUUGUGCUGAGAGCCUGACCUGUCCUUGCUAAUGGGCAGCUGCAAUGGCAGUCCUGAGGACAGUUCUCUCUACCAGCAUGGAUCAGUUGGGGCUUCCUUUCCAGCCCAGCAGCCUUGAGCAUUGUUGGGGGGGCACACAUUGUGCAAAGAGCUUGGAAGACAGCAAGGGCAAUGCUGUGACAGAGCAAGCCCCAGCAGAAACACGGGCCCACUCCUAUUCCCUGCUGCCUUUAUGGGGAUGUGCUUGGGUCUUGCCCAGCCUAGCAGUUUUUUGAAUCCCUGGGAACAUGUAGGGGGGAAGGGGGGAGGCAUUCUCAUGACAUUUCCCACACCAGAGAGGACACAGGCAAGGUGGUCAGGCCAUGAUGGGCUGCAGGGGUUGGACAGUCUCUUGGGGGCCAUUGCACCCUGUGGGAGCAGCACCCCCCUCAAUUAGUAAUUAACCAGAGUGGAGGGCAAGAUACCAGCAGCUGUGCAUGGCCCCAAUCCCUGGUAAGGGACAGAGGACCCUGGCAGCAGGUGCUGCUCUAGG